GUCAUCGUGUACGUCACACGUACGCGCGGACUAAAGGCGGAAGUAGCCGGUGAAAUUUUAGGACGUUUUAUUUUACUUUAAAUUAUCGUAUUUAAUAAUAUAUUAUCAAGGUAUGAACCAUUCGAAACUUUUUUAUCAGUCAUUGCAAACUAGAUGGUUUAUAUGUUGCGGCUAGAUAUUCAUGAUUUCACACAAAUAUACAAGCUAAGGUGCUAGGCUAACAGAUGGCUGUAGUCCAUGCGCUGAGCUGUAUGAGUUUGAACUACUACCUCAAGCUGUAAUAACGAUAUCAAAGUGUAUAUUCACUCUUAUUUUUGCGUAGUUCAUUUUUGCAUAUCUCCUCCGGGUAGAAAGAUGUCGAGACAGCCGAUGGGAAAGACGCUGUUGAGGAACGUGAUCCGACACACAGAUGCACACAACAAGAUCCAGGAGGAGACGGAGAUGUGGAAAAUGAGAGAAUGGGAGCUACAAACGCCCCAACGCAAACAUUUGUCAGCAGCUGUCCGUAUGAGGGGGCGCAUGCACUGUGAUGAAGAAUCAGAUCCAUCCAGACACAUCACCCGAAGCAGAGUUUCAGAGCAUGAUGACAGAGAGACUCGAUACUGGACUAAACAACUGUAUGAGUUUGAAGCUAAGGAUCCAGACAGAUGGGGACACAGUGGCUUUAAAGAGCUCUACCCAGAGGAGUUCACUAGUGACAGUGACUCCAGUGAUUCACAGAAAAUGGUCCAGACAAAAGUAAAAAAAUCAAAGUCUGGCAAAGAAGCAAAACUAUCAAAGCGUUCCAAAAAAUCCUCUCAUAAGAAAAAAAAGAAAAAGAAGAAAAAAUCAGAGGAAAGCAAACAAGCAAAAACUGAAUGCCGUAGCAGUGGAAGCGAUGACAGUGGUGGUGCUAAAGAGAGACAUAGAAAAAGGUCCAAAAGUCGACAUAAAAACAAGAAAAGUGUGAAAAAAUGUAGGGAUUCUGACAGCAGUUCAGUGGACAGUGACAGUGAGAAAGACAAAGACAGACACUCUUACAGGAGAAAGAAACGGAAGCAGUCCUCUGCCAAACCCUCAGACUCUGAGCCGGACUCGAAGAAAAAGAAGAGGAAAGAUUGGAGAGCAACAGGAGAAGACAGUUCAGAUGGAAGUUCUGGAGACUGAGAUACUGCAAGUAGCAAGCUCAAAUACUGCAGCCUGUUGUUUACCUCCAGAGCACUGAGGAUGGUUACCUGCACACAUCUAUUGUACUUUGUUUGAUAUCAACAAACCUGAGCUGUCUGUCUUCUCCAUGGGCGUUCUUUGUUGCAAUAUCUCAUCAGCAUCACUGUGGCUCAGAGCCCGCAGUACAGGAGUGAAGUCAGCAGGCGGCAGGGCAGAGCCAGUGGGGCGUAUACCUCCUGCUUCUAAAGGAAAUGGGAAGGCUGCAGGUUCAUUCCUUGAUCAGUGACUUUCUCUUUGGGAUGUUCACCUCUCUGGGAGGCCUUGUAUUCCCAACUUGAAAGUUUUUCAUGUUUAUCGCUGCAAUGUAGUUUUAAAUGCUAUUAUUUUAAAAGUGUUUUUUUUUAAGUCAUUGUGUCACAAAGCAGUAGGUAAAAAACAUUUGCAUUUGAUUGAUUCAGUUAUUCAACAAAAUACUACAAAACACAGCCUUAUGUUCUAUGUGGGUGAAGCAAUAUCAAAUCAAAAAGGUGCAUUGUAAAAGAAAAAAAUCAAUGCUGUAAAGUACUUGAACGAAUGGUGCUUUUGAGAAUGUUAAUUUGAACAUUUUGAGAACAUGGCGAAAAGGGCAAGCUCGUAGGGAAGAUUUAAAAAAAUGAUUCCCACAUGUCAAAGAUCAAAUUGUGCAAUGUAUCAUGAAUCAAAAAUGUACUUCUGCUGUUUAGUUACAUCCUGACAAAUCCAGUCUGCAGCAGUUCUUUUUGUGGUGCAAAGGAUACACCUCUAUGGGAGGCGCUCAUGAUCAAAGUGAAUAAAUGUAGUGAUUUGCAGAAUUGCUCCUUGACUACUGCACUCUGUACUUCACGGCUAGGGGAAAGAGAUGUGAACCUGUAUUGUAUUCAGACAGACUUCCUUCAAUCACAUCUUUGGAUACAUGUCAAAACCAUUUCCACCCUUGGACCAGCAGAGUAUUGUGUUGCGCCAAUAUGAAUGACAUUGUUUUAUUUGUCACUUGUCUGUGUCUUUCGAUUACAUCUGCCAGAUGACAUUUGUUCUCCUUUUGAAAAAGUAGUAACGCCAAAGAGUGAUUGUUUAAACAAACCUGCCAACAAGCAAUGACGGUGCCAUCUGGGUUUUUCGAUAAAGAAAUUUUGCACAAGGAAGCCCACUGGUAAACUAUUUGUGUGCUGGAAAAGCCUAAAGCCAUUCUCGCAGUCUGUGUCAAUAGGCUAAGUGUUUUCUCCGAGCUGCAGAGAGUGGGCUGCAUUAAGCUUGGCUGCAACUGCCCAUUUGUUGGAGAGGGAAGAAAGAAAGCUAUACACGAGCAGUUAAAUCUGUGUUGACAUUGGUGUAGAAAAUAACUUUAGGGUUAAUAAGUAUUUAGUAGGUACCUUGAAAGGAAAAUUAUGUAACAUGCAUAUUAAGGUUGAAUUUUAAAUACACAAUAUGUUCUUUGUUGUAAUACUGUUUUAUAUGAGGCCAUUAUUUUAAAUACAUAUUCAAAUAAACUUU